AUGGCGAUAGUAGUGGCGGAGUACAUGGUCACAAUCGCCAUGGUGGCCAAUGAGACUACCCAAGCAUUGCAGGUAGACAUGUUGAUUAGUAGCCACUUCCCGAGCGUGUUAUCUACGACUAGGCCUGGCUAUAAUCGUCACUACUUCGAGGAGCAUGUCCACCUUGACACCACGUACUGA